AUGGACGAUUCCGACCUGCACAAUGCCUUCCACGAUGAAGGCCCCGGGGGCGAGGACACCAUACUCUCGCCACGGGGUAUCGAAGCCUUUACUCGAAAAGUAACAACAACCGCGAGCCACCUAGCAGGCCACGCAUCCAAUCCGAAUGAUAACCAUUACCGCAAUGCCAUGACCCAAGUACACAAGUCGAUGCGUCGCCCGGGUAUGCAGCGAAGCAUGUUCUCCAUGGCCAAAACCACUCCCACCGACCUUGUGCGCUCCAAAUUCUCGACCUCGGAGAUCCAGUCUCGCGCUCUAUCAUACCUAUCCGACGACAUGCUCAAGAACAUACCCGAAGAUGACAACUCAUACUCGCUCUUUCAGGGGUUCAGCGCCAGCUUCCCCGAGUUGACUGACGAAGGCAAGAAGCACAGGAGAAGGGUGUCGCGGGGUAGAAAAAUGCUGGAGGAAUCACCGUCGGCGCCCGAGAGCCCGCAGCAUCUUCACAAGCUCAAGAAAGAGAGGUCGUCCUUGAUGCACGAGCUCGAAAUGCUCGGGAUACGAAAGAACAUGGCCAGCAGCGAGAUCCGCGAGAUUGAUAACAAGAUCGCCAACCUCGGUGGCAUGCGGAGGAUCAUCCUCGAGAGACUGGCCGGGUUGGAGCAAGAGGAGGCACUGUUAGAACACGAUAUUGUGGAUAUGGAAGGUCGGAUAGACGAUGCGCAAGUGCUUGUGGACGAAGCUGAGUCGAUAGCUGCUGCGACACCUAUAAGAACAGACGAGGACGACUUGGUAACGGACCAAGAUGCCCAUGAGUUCAUGUCACAGUCUGUCUACGAGCAGCUCCCAUCUGCGUCCAGCACUCCGUCUAAGCCUAGGAGACACAAGACUGUCCGGCGGAAAUCGAUGCCGAUACUGCAUGAACAUUUUGACCCGGGGUUCAAUAUUAGGGAGAUCAAGGCUCACCAGGACAACAUCACAGCGAUGGAUUUUGAUGUACCAUUUGGCACCAUGAUCACGUCGGCCAUGGACGACACAGUCAAGGUUUGGGAUCUUAACGCGGGACGAUGCAUAGGGAUGCUUGAGGGACACACUGCUUCCGUAAGAGCUCUGCAGGUAGAGGAUAAUCUCCUUGUUACCGGUUCGAUGGAUGCUACUAUCCGGCUAUGGGAUCUCAGCAAGGCGCAUUACGAUCCACAGGGUAGCCAAUUCGGAAGAGAGGACGAGGAAGAUGACGGAAUGGCUUUUGAGAACGCCGACGACCAACCUGUCGACCCACCGGAAGGAAGCAUGGAUGAGUGCCCGCUGUUCACCUUGGAAUCACACGUGGACGAAAUCACAGCCCUUCAUUUCAGGGGAGAUGUCCUGGUCUCAGGCUCAGCGGACAAGACACUUAGGCACUGGGACCUUCAAAAGGGGCGAUGUGUGCAGACAUUGGAUGUCAUGUGGGCAGCGGCGCAAGCGUCCGUGUCACUGGACACGGGCGAGGGUUCCUGGAGACAAACCAAUCGACCUGCUUCACGCUCCGCCGACUUCAUAGGCUCUGUGCAAGUAUUCGAAUCUGCACUGGCCUGCGGUACCGCUGACGGAAUGGUUCGACUCUGGGAUCUGCGAAGCGGACAAGUCCACCGCAGCCUUGUCGGGCAUACUGGUCCGGUCACUUGUCUGCAGUUUGAUGAUGCACACCUCGUGACGGGCAGUCUGGAUCGAAGUAUUCGAAUAUGGGAUCUCCGAACGGGAUCCAUCUUCGAUGCCUACGCAUACGACAAUCCGGUCACGAGCAUGUCGUUCGACAGCCGUCGCAUCGUUAGCGCGGCGGGCGAGGACGUCGUCAAGGUGUACGACAAGAUGGAGUCACGGCAGUGGGACUGCGGCGCGGGCAUCACGGAGGCGGAGGAGAACCGGACGCCUGCCAUCGUCGAUCAUGUCCGCGUCAAGGAGGGGUACCUCGUCGAGGGACGUCAAGAUGGCAUCGUGGGCGUGUGGGCUUGCUAG